GCAGAGGGGCCCACCAUGGUUGUCGCAGGACCCCUGGCUGUCUCGCUGUUGCUGCCCAGCUUCACCCUGCUGGUGUCCCACCUCUCCAGCUCCCAGGACAUCUCCAGUGAGCUCAGCAGUGAACAGCAGCUGUGCGCCCGGAAGGAGCACCCCAUUGUGGCCUUUGAAGAUCUGAAGCCAUGGGUCUCCAACUUCACGUAUCCUGGAGUCCAGGAUUUCUCCCAGCUUGCCCUUGAUCCCUCCAGGAACCAGCUCAUCGUGGGAGCUAGGAACUACCUCUUCAGACUCAGCCUUGCCAAUGUUUCCCUCCUUCAGGCUACAGAGUGGGCCUCCAGUGAGGACACACGGCGCUCCUGCCAGAGCAAAGGGAAGACUGAGGAGGAGUGUCAGAACUAUGUGCGAGUCCUGAUUGUUUCCGGUCGGAAGGUGUUCAUGUGCGGCACCAAUGCCUUUUCCCCAGUGUGCUCCAGCAGACAGGUGGAGAACCUCAGCAGGACCAUCGAGAAGAUCAAUGGUGUGGCCCGCUGUCCCUAUGACCCACGACACAAUUCUACAGCCGUCAUCUCCUCCCAGGGGGAGCUCUAUGCCGCCACUGUCAUCGACUUCUCAGGUCGGGACCCAGCCAUCUACCGCAGCCUGGGCAGUGGGCCACCACUUCGCACUGCCCAGUAUAACUCCAAAUGGCUCAAUGAGCCAAAUUUUGUGGCAUCCUUUGACAUUGGGCUGUUUGCAUAUUUCUUCCUUCGGGAGAAUGCAGUGGAACACGAUUGUGGGCGCACUGUGUACUCUCGGGUGGCUCGAGUGUGCAAGAAUGAUGUGGGCGGCCGUUUCCUGCUGGAGGACACAUGGACCACGUUCAUGAAGGCACGGCUCAACUGCUCCCGCCCAGGAGAGGUCCCCUUCUACUAUAACGAGCUGCAGAGUGCCUUCCACCUACCCGAGCAGGACCUCAUCUACGGCGUCUUCACCACCAAUGUAAACAGCAUCGCCGCUUCUGCCGUCUGCGCCUUCAACCUCAGUGCCAUCUCCCGGGCUUUCAAUGGUCCAUUUCGUUACCAGGAGAACCCCAGGGCUGCCUGGCUCCCUAUCGCCAACCCCAUCCCCAAUUUCCAGUGCGGCACCCUGCCUGAGACUGGCCCCAACGAGAACCUCACCGAGCGCAGCCUGCAGGACGCACAGCGGCUCUUCCUGAUGAGCGAAGCUGUGCAGCCAGUGACACCAGAGCCCUGUGUCACCCAGGACAGUGUCCGCUUCUCACAUCUCGUGGUGGACCUUGUGCAAGCUAAGGACACGCUCUACCAUGUACUCUACAUAGGCACGGAGUCGGGCACCAUCCUGAAAGCGCUGUCCACUGCCAGCCGCAACCUGCGGGGCUGCUACCUGGAGGAGCUGCACGUGCUGCCCCCUGGGCGCCUUGAACCUCUGCGGAGCCUGCGCAUCCUGCAUAGUGCACGUGCGCUCUUCGUGGGCUUGAGCGACCGGGUGUUGCGGGUCCCGCUGGAGAGGUGCUUGACCUACCGAAGUCAGGGGGCAUGCCUGGGAGCACGCGACCCAUACUGCGGCUGGGACGGGAAGCGGCAGCAUUGCAGCACACUUGAGGACAGUUCCAACAUGAGCCUGUGGAUCCAGAACAUCACAGCCUGUCCUGUGCGGAAUGUGACACGGGAUGGGGGCUUUGGCCCAUGGUCACCAUGGAAACCAUGUGAGCACUUAGAUGGAGACAACUCGGGUUCUUGCCUGUGCCGGGCCAGAUCCUGUGACUCCCCAAGGCCCCGCUGUGGGGGCCUGGAAUGCCUGGGGCCAGCCAUCCAUAUCGCCAAUUGCUCCAGGAAUGGGGCGUGGACCACAUGGUCAUCGUGGGCACAGUGCAGCACGUCCUGUGGGAUCGGCUUCCAGGUCCGUCAGCGAAGUUGCAGCAACCCGGCGCCCCGCCACGGGGGCCGCAUCUGCGUUGGCAAGAGCCGGGAGGAGCGGUUCUGUAAUGAAAACACGCCUUGUCCGGUGCCCAUCUUCUGGGCUUCCUGGGGUUCCUGGAGCAAGUGCAGCAGCAACUGUGGAGGUGGCGUGCAGUCGCGCCGUCGGGUCUGCGAGAAUGGCAACUCCUGCCCGGGCUGCGGUGUGGAGUUCAAGACGUGCAACCCCGAGGCUUGCCCCGAAGUGCGGCGCAACACACCCUGGACGCCCUGGCUGCCUGUGAACGUGACCCAGGGGGACUGUGAGCUGGGCUUCCGUGUCCGCAAGAGAACGUGUACCAACCCGGAGCCCCGCAACGGGGGCCUGCCCUGCGUGGGAGACGCUGUGGAGUACCAAGACUGCAACCCACAGGCUUGCCCAGUGCGGGGUGCCUGGUCCUGUUGGACCGCAUGGUCCCAGUGCUCAGCAUCCUGCGGUGGUGGCCACUAUCAACGCACCCGUUCCUGCACCAGUCCUGCACCGUCCCCGGGUGAGGACAUCUGCCUCGGGCUGCACACGGAGGAGGCACUAUGUGCUACGCAAGCCUGCCCAGAAGGCUGGUCACUGUGGUCUGAGUGGGGUGUCUGCACCGAGGAUGGGGCCCAGAGCAGAAGCCGGAGCUGUGAGGAGCUUGUCCCAGGGCCAGGUGCCUGUCUUGGCAACAGCAGCCAGAGCCGGCCCUGUCCCUACAGUGAGAUUCCUGUCAUCCUGCCUGCUUCCAGUGUGGAGGAGACCACCAGCUGUGGAGGGUUCAGUCUCAUCCACCUGGUAGCCACUGGCGUGUCCUGCUUCCUGGGCUCCGGGCUCCUGACCUUGGCAGUGUACCUGUCUUGGCAGCACUGCCAGCGCCAAUCUCAGGAGUCUACGCUUGUCCAUCCUGCCACCCCUAACCACUUGCACUACAAGAGCGGGGGCACCCCCAAGAAUGAGAAGUACACCCCCAUGGAAUUCAAGACACUGAACAAGAAUAACUUGAUCCCUGAUGACAGAGCCAAUUUCUACCCCCUGCAGCAGACCAAUGUGUACACAACCACCUACUACCCCAGCCCACUGAACAAGCCCAGCUUCCGGCCGGAGACCUCACCUGGACAGCGCUGUUUCCCCAACAGCUGA